UGUUUUAGUUUGUUGAAAAAACGAGUGAAAAUUUUGCACAUUCCAGCUGGUUUUUCGAUUGACACUUGCUGAGCGAUUCAUUUCGCGAUCGCAAAGUAAGUUUUCAAUGCAAAUGUAAAUAAUGUCGUCAUUCACGGAAUCUGGAUUGGUGAAGAAGCUGCUGGAGCUUAACCCCAGUCAGCAAAGUAUUCAAACACUUUCGUUAUGGCUAAUCCAUCAUCGGAAGCACCAUUCGAUUAUCGUAAAAACCUGGUUGAAGGAGCUGCAUAAAGCUCCAACAUCGAAGAAACUUACAUUUAUGUACCUGGCUAAUGAUGUAAUUCAAAACAGUAAGAAGAAAGGUCCUGAAUUUGGUAAAGAGUUUGAAAGUGCUUUAUUAAAGGCAUUUAAAUAUAUAGCUCAAUCGGGACCGGAAGAGAAAACGGUACAUAACUUGAAUCGAAUUCUGAAUAUUUGGGCGGAACGAGGUGUGUAUGAAGAAGCAAGAAUCAGAGAAUACUCAGGAUUGCUAAACCAAAGGGAAAAAAGUCCAGCACCGACAAAAGUUGCUGAGGAGAAAAAACGGAAGGCGGAUACAUCAUCGAAUGAUGAUGCAAGUGGUCGUAGUAUUGCAAAGAAAUCUAAAAGUUCCAGCAGUGGCGAGAAAAAAGUCAAGUCCGAAACCAUCGAGGUUAACGGAAAGGUCGAAACGCAUGUAACGCUUAGUCCACACUUGCCGGAUGGUGACCCUCCCGAACCUGAGGAGUUGAUCAAAGUAAUUCAAGAGCUGGAGAACUCUGCUUCCAGCGAUGCUGUCGUCCGAGAGCGAAUUGCGAACUUGCCACCAGAAGUUUCUGAGCUCUCAGCGCUGGCCAAGCUCGAAGAUAAAGAAGCAGCUAUGCGUUUAGCACUGAAGGUGAAUGAUGCCAUUCAAAUUUUGAACGACUAUAAUGCGAGGUUGGCGUCUGAAAUGGACGACCGAAAGAAACUGACCACGAUGUUGAAAGAUUUCCAACGAGAGCAGCAGGAACUUCUAGCACAAGCUGAGCAGCGACUGCAUGAGUACCAAGCAAAGCUUUCAAAGAUCAAAGAUGUUCAACGAGAGGUGCGUAAUCACAUGCACAACUUGCCUGAUCUUACAAGCUUACCAGAUGUAACCGGAGGUCUUGCACCGUUACCUUCUGCGGGAGACUUGUUUAACAUUCAUCACUAUGUUAGCAGAAAAAUGACCAAAUAAGAAAGCGGAAACAUUUAUGCUUAUUUUUUCCGUAAAUUAUAUUUGAGUUACUAAUCAAAAUAAAAUAUCAAUAAUUGUAUAUCCCAAUGAACACGUUAGCGGCAGCAAGGCCGCUGAUUCGGUCAUUGCAACAAAUAAACGGAUUUUUUGCACAUUGUGAGCAAAGACGAAAUCAGUGAAUUUAAAUCACUUUUCUGAUAGCAUAACUACAGCCAAUAA